AUGGAAAGUGAAAAUUUGCAAGAUACUCCAGCUGUUGAAAUGUCUUCUACUAACGACAAAAUUAUUGAUCGUAUCCACCGUUAUCCGCACAGUCUAGUUUGGACACCUCUCCCAGUUAUCACAUGGCUGUUUCCACUUAUUGGUCAUAUUGGUAUUACGAAUUCCAAAGGUGUCAUAUACGAUUUUGCUGGACCAUAUUAUAUCAGUGAGGACAACAUGGCUUUUGGAUGGCCAACUCGAUAUCUUCAAUUAGACAUGGAGUCAGUAGGUGGAGCUGCAAAUUGGGACAGAUCUGUGCACGAAGCCAACACAGUCUACAAAGGUCGAAUGCACAACCUCUGCUGCGACAACUGCCACAGUCAUGUUGCUUACGCCCUCAAUGAAAUGGGCUACAAAGGUUCCACCACGUGGAACAUGUACUCCGUCGGGGUGCUGAUUGGCCUUCGGGGUAAAUUCCUCGGGUGA